AUGAAACAUUUCCAACAUUCAAAAAUUUCCUGCAUGAACAGAGUUCAUAUUGACCAGUCAAAAUGUCCGAAGGAUAGCAGUGAAAAUUGUAAUAAUGUAUAUCAGUACAUUAUUGACAAUACCUGUGAAAUUGUGGAAAUUCCUUACGAAAAACGUUUAUUUAGAGCAGCUAAAUAUGGAAAUGUGCAAGAAAUUAAAAGAUUACACUCUGAAGGCAUGGAUGUAAAUUUACGCCAUCCAUUAGGCUGGACAGCUCUUCAGGUGGCUGCAAUUAAUGGCAAGGUGGAGGCAGUUAAAACUCUCCUUGAAUGUGGAGCAGAACCAAACACUGGAGAUGAUUUUGUCAAUGUCUACAGGACUGCAAUUGAGAAAGGAUUGCAUUCCAUAGAUGUGCUUGUGAAGCGCGAGGAUGAAUUUAGUGACAGAUUAAAUAACCGAGCCACUUUCCAAGGAUUUACUGCACUUCAUUACGCUGUCCUAGCAGAUAGCGCUUCAGUAGUACGAACUUUGCUGGAAGCAGGAGCAGAUCCCACUAUAGAAAAUGAUGCUGGACAUCAGCCAACAGAAUAUGCACGUGAUGGGGAAGUAAAAGACCUCCUGAAACAGUACUCUGUUAAGUUCGAUGAAAUUCGUCAAAAAAAGGAAGCUGAAGAAAGAAGACGUUUUCCAUUAGAACAGAGACUCAAAAAGAAUAUUGUGGGGCAAGAAGGUCCAAUAACAGUAGUGGCAUCAGCUAUACGCCGUAAGGAGAAUGGCUGGUCAGAUGAAGAACAUCCUUUGGUUUUCUUGUUUCUUGGAUCAUCUGGAAUCGGUAAAACUGAGCUUGGAAAACAACUGGCCAAUUAUAUUCAUAAGGAAAAAACAAAUGGAUUCAUUCGCCUAGACAUGUCUGAGUAUCAGGAAAAACAUGAAGUUGCAAAACUUAUUGGAGCCCCACCUGGCUAUGUAGGACAUGACGACGGUGGUCAGCUCACAAAACUUCUCAAGAAAUGCCCUACAGCAGUUGUUCUUUUUGAUGAAGUUGACAAGGCUCAUCCUGAUGUGUUAACAGUGCUCCUGCAACUCUUUGAUGAGGGAAGGUUGACAGAUGGGAAAGGAAAAACUAUAGAAUGUAAAAAUGCAAUUUUUGUAAUGACAUCAAAUUUAGCAAGUGAUGAAAUUGCUGAGCAUGCUCUCCAAUUGCGCAGAGAAGCCCAAGACAUCGUUGACAAGAAAUUGGAAGGAAAAUUAGAAAAUAUGGAAAUGACUGAAACAAUCACUAUAUCUCGCCAUUUUAAAGAAAAUGUUGUUCAACCAAUUUUAAAGAAACAUUUCCGAAGAGAUGAAUUCCUUGGUCGGAUAAAUGAAAUUGUGUACUUUCUUCCCUUUUCACGCUCUGAGCUUCUGAAACUGGUAUCUAAAGAGUUGCAUUUUUGGGCAAAGAAGGCAAAAGAAAAACACCAGAUUGACCUGACAUGGGAUCGUUCUGUGGAAUCCAUCCUUGCUGAUGGCUACGAUGUUCAUUAUGGAGCUCGGUCUAUAAAAUAUGAAGUAGAACGUCGAGUGGUGAACCAACUUGCCUCUGCUCAUGAGCGUGGUCUGAUAGGUCGAGGCUCUGCAGUGUACGUAACGGUACAUUGUCCAAAUGGGGAAGAUGGGGAAGUUGUGAUCAAGUUACGGGUGAAAGGACGAGGUGUCAAAGAUUUUAUUGAUAUUGACGAAAAGAAUUCUGUGAUAAAUUUGAGUUCAAAAUUUAUAUAAUGACAUUAGAAAAAAUAAUAUGAUUUUGUAUGGAAUUAAAUGUGUGUCUGAAUUCUAAAUUAGAAUACAUAUUUACUAAUUGAAAUAAAUUAUCUGUGAUUUGUUGUGAAGAAGUAUCAUAUAACUUCUUCCGCUUGAAUAUCUAAAUUUGUCGUAUUGUAUGUUAUUGGCCCUAAUAAUCAUGAGUACCAACAGGUUUAACUCCUUACAAUGAAGAUUAGGAAUAGCACAGAACACUAUGUUAAGAGAAUCCAGUAAUUGAUGACUUCAUGUAAUAUACAAGACAAAAGACCCUUUUUGUCCAUUGCAACUCUGGCAAUAUUUAAUUUAUUUCAGAAUUGAAGAACUUAUUUUUAAACUUAUAUUUCCAUGAAACACCCAAAUUUUCAGGAAGGGAAUUCACAUUCAGCCUUACAGUUCAACAUAGGAUUCAACACUUUUUGGAUAACAUUUAACAUACGAAAAAUGGAAUUUUUUAACACAAUACUUGGCAGCAUGAUGGAGAAGCAUCAUAAAAACAUAUAUCGAUAGAUAAAACUAGAAUACAUUCUGAAAUACAGAUUAAUCACUUUGGAAAUAAGCUCUGCAUUUGUGUGAUUUAAUGAUUUUGAAGUAUUCAGAACAUGUCCAUUUCAUGAUCUGUAUUUAAAUAAGAUGUUCAGAUGAACUACUGCCUUUGAUUUGUAGACGCCUCUUUUAACACUUAUUUUGUGUUUAAUUUUGUAAACUUCACAGGAAAAACGUAAAUCAGUUCCCAACAUCACAUUGUGAGUGCAAUACGUGUUGGGAAUAUGUAUUUAACGGAUAUACUCUCGGUCAGGGCAAACUUUUGUACCCUUUACAAGAUUUGUAGUAAAAGUCCAGAACUCCCUAAAAUUGUGCCUGCACUUCUAAACCAAGCUCUGUGAGGUUACAAAAGUUGAGCAUUUUGAGACACUGAAUAUGGAUAGGUGACCAUCUGGGAACUCCUGAUUCUUGUAGCGCUGAGGUCCUGUCAGUUAGUCAGAGAUAAAAUGCAAUGACUUACAACUUGACUUGACAUAUGAGGAUUUAAUAAAGGGCUCAGUAGAACAAGGGGCUAUCCAACAUUGACCUAGUUCUAAGAUAUUGAGGGUUUUAGAACUUUCAUAAUAUAACUUGGUACAUUUUAAAACUUUUUAAUGCAUUACUUUUGCAUUCAAAACCAUACUGGAAUUCAAUUACACAAUACAUCGAAAGAAUAAUAUUUGAAGUUAUAUUUAAUGAAUCUUCCAACUUUCCUCCUCUUU